UUUGUUUUCUCAGUGGUGUUUGCUUGUCCUGGUCGUUACUGGUUUUCUUUUUUCACGCCUAUUCCUGGUCGCGAUAAUUUCACCACUAUACCCAUGGAUUUCUCGAUGCGCUCAUAGACUCAAGGCGAUUGCAACUAUUUUUGCCAUUUCAGCAUCUGCUCUAGACACCUCUGUACACGAAUUCCAAUCGAGCUGUUUUUCUAUCGACGAACUUGAGCGACAAGCAUGAGCGCGCCGCCUCCACCUCCGCCCCAUGGCGAGGCGCCCAAGCCUUCGGGCUUGCCUCCUGGCAACUACGACAUAUUCGUCAUUCCUCAGCAUUCGUCAGGCUCCGGCUUUCUAUACCUGCCGUCACUGCAGCCGAACACCAAUAGCUUCGUGGCUGGCUUUGCCUCUGCGCUGAUAUGUGUUGCCGUGUUUCAACUCAUGGCUCCGGCCUUUAAGAUGUGGCUAAGCGGCGCUCAAGUUUCUGGUAUGGCGGUAACGACGCUGAUGUUGGGAGUUGGUAUUGGAGCAUGGUCCCUGGGCCGGAUGCAGACUGCUGCUGGACCGGUACCUAUGUCAAGCUCGAAUGGCUCAGCGCGUGGACCAGGCACAUCGGGUGGCCAAGGCGGAGGAUUCAGCAAUGGACAUGGACCUUAUGAAUCAAGUCACGGCAAACAGAGUGGAUUCGGCGGCUCUAACCCAGGAGGACAAUCUGACCCAAACGGAGCGCCUCCUCCGCCACCACCUCACAGCCGACCUCCUAACGGUGCACCUCCUCCUCCACGCCAUGAAAGAUCUAAUUCAUCUUGGAAGACUGCGGAUACUCAGUCAGAGGAACCACCUCGGCCACCUAGGCAUGAAAGUGAGCCCGCUUCAUCUCCGUCUCACCGUUCACCGUCUCAAAAAGGAGCACCAGCGUCAGAGUCAGAGAGGCCACAAACACGCCAGCGCCAGCCUCCGCCAUCGGAGGACAAGGCUCCUGCCGAACCAGAGAAAUCAGCGUCCCCAAAGAAGAAAAAGAAGAAAGUAACUCUCGUAGACGACAAGAUGCCACCUCCAGAAGCUGAGAAGGCGCCAGUGAAGUCUGAGCAAAAGCAGUCUGAAAUCCCAAAGAGGACGCCAUUGGCCGAAAAGAACCCUCCGGAACUUGAGAAAAAACAGCCGUCGUUAGAAAAAAGACAUUCUCUGUCAAUGGAUUCUAAGCGAGUCCCUUCUCCCGAGAAGAAAAGAAGCAUCCCUGAGUUCGACAAGGUGUCAAUGACUCCUCAAGAGAGAAAGACGUUUCCAGAGCUAGAGAAGAUGUCGACACCAGUAUCCAAACCGGCAUCCAAGUUACCUCGGAUGCCAGACUUGGCACCCAUUCCCCCAUUCAUGCCGAGACCAGACUCUCGGCCAGAGCAGCGUUCGCCUACAAAGACAGAUCCUCCAGCGUCGACCGAACCCAAGUCGAAACCUACUCCUGCCCCUGAAUCCGAACCAAAGUCACCUCCUCCGUCGGAAGCGAAGAAGCCCGAAACACCAAAGGGAACGUGGGAGAAAGCUCGUGAAGAAAUGAGGAAGAAGGAAGAAGACAGGCGACUCAAAGAAGCGGAGCAAAAGCGCCGUGAAACAGCCGCCAAGAAGCUACUAGAAUUACGUGCCAAAGAAGCCAAGGAGCGACAGGAUCGCGAGGCGAGAGAAGAGGCGGAGCGAAUUGAGGCAGAGAGGAGACGUAAACAGGAAGAGUUAGAGCUAGCCAGGCAACGGGAGAGGGAAAGGGAGACGAGAGAAAGAGAAGCGAGAGAAAGGGAAGAGCUGCGACGAAGAGAAGCCGAAGCUAAGAAGACGGCUGAAGCAGAAGCCAAGGCCAGAGCAGAGGCCAAAGCGGCAGAAGAAGCAAAAAUUAUUGCAGACGCCAGAGCCGCUGUCGAAGCCAGGGCUGCGGCUGAAGCUAAAGCGGCCGCCGAGGCCAAAGCAGCCGCUGAGGCCAAAGCAACUGAUUUUCGGGCAAGCCGAGCUGGGAACACUUAUGCAUACUCUAGCGUUGGCGAAAAGACAAGCAUGUGGCCCAAUGGCCGGCCUUCCGUCCCCCCCCUUUCCCCCUCUGCAGUAUCACCAUCAACCUCAUCGCCUGACCGAUCAGAAAAGACAGAGAGACAGGAAAGGCCUUUCGACAGAGGUGAGAGUCCCACGAAAAGGGCACCUCCUGCUCCUACUCCGUCCGAAGCUCCCUCAUCUGCUUCUAGAAGAACAGACCCUUCGGCGAGACACUCGUAUGGUCCCGCAAAAUCACAUGUUAGUAGCAAUAGCAGCUAUGUGGACUCGGAGACGUACUCUGCCAGGCCAUACGACCAGCCAAGCAGGCCACCACCACAUCAUCAACAGCAGCAGCAACAGCAGCAAUAUCAUCGACAACAACAAUAUCAGCAGCAGCACCCACCGCCGCCGCCACCUUAUGACCAGCCGCCGCCUAACAAGCCAAGGCAUAGAAAGUCGACGUCUUCUCUCACAGGAUCUGAUGCAUCAUGGGCCGCCUCCCAAACAACCGCACGAACAACGCCGCCUCCUUCGAUGCGAUCAGGCCCCUAUUCGACUAGCGAUCCUGACAAGAUUGUUAUUCAAUCUGUGUAUCUCUUCCAGAACGAGUUUACCAAGACACCAGCCAGCCAGCUCAUAUCGGGAGUUGGAACGGUGACGGAUGGAUUGAUUCUUCGCAUCACAACUGAGGGACUCUUUAUCGAUGACGAUGUCCGGGGUGUUCCUCAGCGCGAGUGGGACGUCAAGGCUUGGACGCUCAAACUUGUCGAGGUCUGGUGUCUACCGCACUGUUUGACCGCACCACAGCCAGCGGGAUCUGCGACUGGAAAAAACUCGGGCUUCUUUCACAAGAUGGCUGGCAAAAAACCGGAUCGUGACGGCGUUAACGCCCUGACUGGUGAUGAGGCAGACCUAUACCUGCAAGAUAUGCUUCAUACUUGUAGGGAGUGUUGUCGGCUUGGUAUGUGCGACCGCACGUUCAAGAACACAAAUAUUCCGUCAUCGACGGGGCAGACUGGAGAGUGGAAGUCCAAGGGCUUGCAUGUGCUUCGGGCGACGAUUCGCGACCAAGAAGCCAAGCGGUACCUCUUUAUCGUAGAGGAGACCGAGGGCUGGAAGCUUGCGGUUGGACUGCAACGUUUGCGACGAGGAUCCAUGGUUCGACAACUCGGCGUGGCCAGCAUGCCGCCUUCUGAGGUCCGUGGCAUGCUGGAAACCUUGGGUUGGGUAGCCUAAUUGGGCACUGAGUUCCUGCAAACGAAAGUGCGAUGAUGUUUUUCUGCAUCAGAUUGACAUAUAUCCGUUCCGACUAUUAGUGUAUGGAACAAGGUCAAAGCAGAAAGAGGGCGGGGCGAUGAGCGACUUUUAUGAGUGGACAUAAUGUGGUGAUGAUUGUCUAGUUGGAAUGAGAGUGACAUUGUUUAGUGAAACAAAGGAGCGGGAGGAUAAUAUGAGCUGUCUGGUGUUGCCGCAUUCCGCUGCAUAUACAUAUAUCCGGAGUACGCAUGGUAGGAUUGUUGCUGAUUGAAGAUGGAAAAAAAAAAGUUUGGAUCU